GAUUUCAACGCACUACCCGAGCUAAAUCCGGACUACAACACUCCCGUUACGGAGAUAUACCGACGUUUCGCAUUGUUCAUUAUCACCAGCCUGAAGGACCUGCGCAUCCUUCACGACGUGGGUAUUAGCCGCCGUCUGGAAGGUCUGGCGACAUGGGUACCAGAUUGGAGUGUCACGAAUCCUCAGGGCAAACUUUCUCGCAAGCUCUGUCGGCCUCACUCUGAUUCUUUUGAUCUUCAGCAGCUCGGAAUAGAAAUACGAGGGGAUGGAUGGUUACUGAUCUGUAAGGGUGCUUGUUUCGACACAAUCGCUACCGUCGGCAUGCCUCUUCGCGACAUGACUGAAUACAUGAAGAUGGCCAAUGACUGGCGUAGUGCAUUACCCCCGCACAUGUCCCGUGUCUACAGCAACCACUCAGAAAUCGACUUAAACAGCUCUAAAAACAGCUCUAAAGACAGACUCAUCAAUGAAGAAAACGUAGAAUAUGCGAUCACCACCUUUUUGACAAUGCUGACCGCCGGCAAAUGGAAUCGUCUUUCAGAAGUUGCCCGCGCACAGUGGUACGGGCGACUGGGAUUCAGAGCAGAAUGUUGGCCUGAGGAUGCUAGAGACUUGAUCAACCUACAAGAACUUUCGGAGGAGAUCGAUGGCUGUGCUGGAAGAAGCGUCAUCUUCACCAAGAGCGAGAAACAGGGACUUGCGCCACCACGUGCUCGACCGGGGGAUCUGCUAGUGUGGUUCGAUGGCUCCGACUUCCCGUUUGUUCUUCGACCAGCGGAGAAACAAGACAGUAGCGAUCAGGAGUAUGAGAUAAUCGGUGACAUCUAUGUUUCUAACUUUGAUGCCGCUGCGUUGAUGACGGAUAGCCUGGUACACACGACUACAUUUAUGAUCCGAUAACGCGGAAGCCUGUCGGCGGAACACCUCGUGCCGCGUAUCUGAGGACUGAUAAAAGAUGAAUGGGAAGCACUUUCAGAAGCCG